AUGCGCUCGCCGUGCCACAGCCGAGUCAUUUGUGCGUUAGAAAGACGCGUCGUCGCAAAGAGAUCUCUUCGAAAGGAGGCACGGUUCCGUCGUCGAACUCGAACCAACCAUCGCUCUCGUCGCGCGCUCUCUCGCAAAGCAACUCGUACACCCUUCGUCUCGCGCCGCGAGGCCACGGAAUCUCGGUCGACCGCGACUCCCUGUCUCGCCGCGCGUUCGCCGGUUCCGCGCACACCCAGCUCUCGGUCGCGCAGAAACCGCACCGGCGACACCAGGCGCUCGUCAUCGGCCGGAUCGCCGACGAGAACGCGAACGACGUCCUCCACCUCGUCGACCGCGAUCUCGUCGAACAUGUAA